UAAGCUGGCAUUUUUUAAAAGAGAGAUUUUUUGGGUUGUUUUUUCAAUAAAAGGGAAGAACAGACAUCAGACGUGUCCUGGAGCAUCUCUGGGGUGUUUCACGCCUGGGGAGGGAAUCCCAGUUCACAGAAUCCUCAAGGCUGGAAGAGUCCUGGCAUUCCUGCGGCACCACCACACUCUUGUCACCUAAACCUGAUCCCCCGGCGCCACAGGAUGCAGAUACUCCUCCUUUUAUCUUGCAGAGCUGGUUGGGCUUGGCUGCCCCACCUCAGGGAACUCCCAGAUGGACAUCCACGAUUUUCCGGCCCUCCCUCUCCAUACCUGUUCCGCAGGAGCACCUGGGAACCUGCCUGAGUCCCUCCCCUGGCCCCCCUCCUGCCCCUUGGGGAGAGGGCCGGGACUUCUCGGCAGCGGCUCCGCCAAUCUCCUGAUAUUCCACCAUUCCCCUAGGAGCGCCGGAGGAGGAGCACAUCCCCUGCUCACACCUGCACAGGUCCCAGAGGGAACCUCAGGGAGGCCACCAUGUCCCAGGCCACCACCUGCCUCAAGCAGCAGGAGGAUGGCAGAGAGAGCCCCCCACCGCUGCCAUCACCACCGGGAUCCCCGCAUGUUUUCCCUCCGGAGACACUGUUCCGACAGGCGGGUGGGGUCACCUACCGCAUCCCGGCUCUGCUCUACAUCCCUCCAGAUGAUUCCUUCCUGGCCUUUGCCGAGAAGCGCUCCUCGGCCCGGGACGAGGAUGCCAAGUACCUGGUGCUGCGGCGGGGGCGCCGGCACAGCUCCUCAGUCAAGUGGGGUCCCACAGAGGAGCUGUCAGCGUUGACGCUGCCCGGCCGCCGCACCAUGAACCCCUGUCCUCUCUAUGACGCCAGGAGCGGCACCGUCUUCCUCUUCUGCAUAUGCGUGGAGCAGGGGAAGACGGAGCGGUGCCAGAUCUGGAGUGGGUGCAGCGCCGCGCGUCUCUGCUUCGCCGCCAGCACCGACGGUGGCCGCAGCUGGAGCGCACUGCGUGAUGUGACGGACGAGGCCAUCGGCGCCGACCUGUCCCGCUGGGCCACCUUCGCCGUGGGGCCGGGCCACGGCGUGCAGCUGGACUCGGGCCGGCUGGUGGUGCCGGCCUACGCCUACUACGUGCACGGAUAUCUGUGCGGGGCCGUGCGCCUGCCCUGCUUCACCCGCCAGCAUUCCCUCGUCUUCUACAGCGACGACGGCGGGCGCUGCUGGCACAAGGGUGCGCUGCUGGGUGGGGAGCGGACGGGCGAGUGCCAGGUGGCCGAGAUCCUCGGCGUGCAGCAGCCGCUGCUGUACUGCAGCGCCCGGGCGCCGCGGGGCUGCCGCGCCGUGGCACUUAGCGCCGACUGCGGGCUGCGCUUCCAGCGGCCGGCGCCGUGCCGGGCGCUGGGCGAGCCGCCGCGGGGCUGCCAGGGCAGCGUGGUUGGCUUCACCUGCGCCGCUGGGGCGCCCACCUGGCUGCUGUACUCCCACCCCACCGACCGGCACCGCCGGCGCGAUCUGGGCCUCUACGUGAACCCCUCGCCGCUGGACGGGACAGGCUGGCGGCACCCGUGGGUGCUGCACGUGGGCCCCGCCGGCUACUCCGACCUGGCCGUCUGCCCCAGCGGCGUCUUCGGGUGCUUGUUCGAGUGCGGCGCCAGCAGCGCCUGCGAGGAAAUCGCCUUCUGCCUCUUCACCCUGGACCUCUCUGGAGAUCAGGACCUCCAGGCUUCCUAAAACAGACCCACUUUGGGUGGUGGUCACCCCUGAGCAUCGGCUGCCGGACGCAGGGAGCGCGGCGGUGCCAAGACCUCGCCAGAGUGUUCCAGGUGCACCACAGGCUCAGCACCGUGUACCUUUUAUUGAACUAGGUCUUUUUAACUGCCCGGCAGAUGCUGUCGGUGACCUGCGGCCGUGGAGCGUCUGCUCUGGGCUGGCCAAGGGGGACACUAGCAGAGCAUAUGGAAUGCUGCUGCUUCUCCAAAAAUCAGCAUUUUGCACCUGGUGGCAGCUGAAAAGCAGAAGGUGCCAGCAAGAGCAGCUGAUUCCCUAAGGAAAAAGUACCCCAAAAUCUUGGUUUAGUUACAAAUAUUCCAGUUUCUGCAUUCCUGCAGGUGGCAGAGAAUUCCCAGUUUUUAGCGGUUUUUAUCCUGUUUUCUUUGCUUGCCUGCUUCAGACUGAGUUUCUCCCUGCCUCCUGGGAAAAAGCGCUCAAAUCCUGGGGGGUUGGGGGGAAUGUUUGGGGUGUUUCCUUCUGCUCCAUAGGGAACAGGCUGUAGCAUCCCGACAGGGACCUCACAUCCCUGUGCUGCUGUCAAAUAAAAUUUUCCCAAACCA